AUGAAGCUCUACAACGAGGUCAUCCACGCCCCGGAAUCGGAGCUCUCCUUCGCCGCCGAGCUGUACGACAUCUUUGUCGGCAAGUACACCCACCUCGGAGAAUCUCGUCCAGAGAUCAUCGAGUCCGUGCGGGUCGACCUGACAAGGAACCUGUCCGGAAUCCUACGGCCCGUCCAAGAGGAGGUCCGCUUCGCCUUGAAGCAGAUGUCCCAGGACUCGGCGGAGUGGAAGGCGUUGAACGCGUAUCAACUGGCACUCCGCAUGGUGGCGCUGAUGAGCGGCCGCGCCUUCGUUGGGCUGCCCCUCAGCCGCGACGAAGGAUGGAUCCGGGAGUCCAUCACCUUCACGACGGACGUGGGAAAGUGCAGGAUGGCGGCCCUGAACUGGAACGCGUGGAUCCGGCCGUGGGUGCUACCAUUCCUCCCCGAGAUACGGCACAUGCGCCGAGCGCUUCAAAAGGCCAAUGAGCGGAUGAAGCCGCUGGUGGACGAGGUGCUCCGCAACGAGAGCGCACUCGAGGAGAAGCCGGCGAAGCCCGGAGCCCCGGGGGCGUUCGUGUCGUGGAUGAUGAAGUACCUGUCUGCCCGAAACAAGACCUCGGAGACCAUGGGAACGAACCAGAUGUUGCUGUCGUUCGCUGCCAUUCACACCACGUCUAUGACGACGACGUUUGCGCUCUACGACCUUCUCAGUCGCCCUCAGUAUAUCCAGGCACUCCGGGAAGAAAUCGAGCAGGUCAUGGCCGAGGACGGCACGGAGAGCGACGAGGAGGGAAGACCCUUCCUCUCCAAGGUGUCUCUCGGCAAACUGAAGAAGCUGGACAGUUUCAUCAAGGAGAGCCAGCGACUGAGUCCCUUGAACUUCGGUGGCACAGCAAGGAGACUUCAAAAGGACCAAACCUUUUCCGACGGACUGAAAUUACCGGCGGGCACCGCCGUCUCAUUCCCUCUAUGGGGCGUCUACUCCAGCAACUCUUCCUCCACGACGACGUUCAGCCCCGAUUACAACAAGGGCACUGGCAACGCUCCGCCCGCCGAGUUCGACGGCUUCCGCUUCGCUCGUCUCCGGGAGCAGUCCGGCCGGGAGAUGAAGCACCAGGCGGCGACCACCGGGUCGGAGGCCUUCAACUUUGGCCACGGACCGCAUGCGUGCCCCGGGCGAUUCUUCGCGGUGUACAUCAUCAAGUGCAUUUUCAUCGAGCUGCUGCUUAACUACGACAUCCGGUUGAAAGGCGAUGACGGCAAGAGCUCGGUCCCGAGGCCGCCGAAUCUGUUCAAGCAGAUGCUUGUGUUUCCAGACCCUAGUCGCGAGGUCGAAAUCAGAAGGCGGGCAGAGUAA